CUCGCGAGCCCCGCCCCAGCCCGCCCCGCCCCGCGCCGGGGCCGGAGCCGCAGCCCGAGCGGCGGGGUGACCAUGGAGGAAGAAGAUGAGUCUCGAGGGAAGACAGAGGAGUCAGGCGAGGAUCGGGGUGACGGUCCGCCAGACAGAGACCCUACGCUUUCUCCUUCUGCUUUUAUCUUGCGGGCCAUUCAGCAGGCUGUGGGAAGUUCCCUGCAGGGGGACCUGCCAAAUGAUAAAGAUGUUUCUCGGUGUCAUGGCCUUCGAUGGAGGCGCUGUCGGAGCCCACGUUCAGAGCCCCGUUCCCAGGAAUCAGGGGGGACUGACACGGCUUCUGUGUUGGACGUGGCUGCCGAUGGCCUCCUCGCGGGGCUGGUGAGCAUCCUGGAUCCCCCAGAUACCUGGGUUCCCAGCCACCUGGACCUGCGGCCUGGCGAAAGCGAGGACAUGCUGGAGCUGGUGGCCGAGGUCCGAAUUGGGGACAGGGAUCCAGUCCCCCUUCCUGUACCCAGCCUGCUGCCCCGUGUCAGGGCCUGGAGGACGGGCAAAACGGCUGGUCUGUUUUCUGUCGAGAACGAGGAAAAUGGGGAGCAGGAGGCCGACAAUGAGGUAGAUGAAGAGGAGGAGGAGGAGGACGAGGAAGAGGAGGAGGAGGAGGAAGGCCUGUCCCAGAGCAUCAGCCGCAUCUCAGAGACCCUGGCAGGCAUCUACGACGACAACAGCCUGAGCCAGGACUUCCCAGGUGACGAGAGCCCGGGUCCGGACCCCCAGCCCCUGCAGCCGACUCCAGCCCCUGGCACACCGCCCCAGGCCGACUCCACCAGGGCUGACGGAGCCACCCGCCGGCGCGUCUUUGUGGUGGGGACUGAGGCGGAGGCCUGUCGGGAAGGCAAGGUCUCCGUGGAGGUGGUGACGGCCGGUGGAGCCGCCCUCCCGCCCCCUCUGCUGCCACCAGGCGACUCAGAGAUUGAGGAGGGCGAGAUUGUCCAGCCUGAGGAGGAGCCCAGGAUGGCGCUCUCCCUCUUCCGGGCCGGCGGCCGGGCCGCACGACCCCCUCCGGCGGCCCCGCCGCCCACCGCAGACGCGCGCUGGGGCGGCCUGGACCUGCGCCGCAAGAUCCUGACCCAGCGGCGCGAGCGCUACCGGCAGCGCUCGCCCUCCCCGUCCGCCGCCCCCGCCUCCGCUGCCCCCACUGGCCCGCCCACCCGCAAGAAGUCGAGGCGGGAGCGCAAGAGGAGCGGCGGCGAGGCCAAGGAAGCCGCCUCGUCCUCCUCCGGCGCGCAGCCCGCCGCGCCGGCCCCGGCCUCCCCCUGGGACUCCAAGAAGCACCGCUCCCGGGACCGCAAGCCGGGCUCCCACGCCUCGUCGUCCGCCCGCCGCCGCUCGCGGUCCCGCUCGCGGUCCCGCUCCGCCCGCCGCCGCUCGCGGAGCACCGACCGGCGCCGCGGGGGCAGCCGCAGGUCCCGGUCUCGGGAGAAACGGCGGCGGCGGCGGCGCUCGAACUCCCCGCCCCCGGCCACCUCCUCGUCGUCGUCUUCUAGGCGCGAGCGGCACCGCGGCAAGCACCGGGAUGGCGGCGGCAGCAAGAAGAAGAAGAAGCGGUCGCGGUCCCGGGGCGAGAAGCGGUCUGGGGACAGUGAGAAGGGCCCUGCCCCGGCCCAGCCGCCCUCUGGCUCCACCUCCUUGGGCGGAGAGCGCGACAGCCGCCGCCGGGGGGCCGUGCCGCCCUCCAUCCAGGACCUCACGGACCACGAUCUCUUUGCCAUCAAGCGGACCAUCACCGUGGGCCGGCCGGACAAGCCUGACCCCCGAGGCCCCUCACCGGCUCCGGCCUCAUCGCCCAAGCGCGAGGUCCUAUACGACUCCGAGGGACUGAGCGCGGAGGAGCGGGGAGGCAAGAGCAGUGAGAAGGACCGGCGCCGCUCUGGGGCUGCCUCCUCCUCCUCUUCCUCUCGGGAGAAGGGAUCACGGCGGAAGGCACUGGAUGGGGGGGAUCGGGACCGGGACAGGGACAGAGAUAGGGACAGGGACAGGUCAUCCAAGAAGGCCCGGCCCCCCAAGGAGUUGGCGCCGUCUUCAGGGCCCCCGCCAAAGCCACCUGUCAGCAGCGGCUCAGGCUCCUCGUCCUCAUCGUCCUCCUCAUCCUCCCGGAAGGUGAAGCUACAGUCCAAGGUGGCCGUGCUGAUCCGAGAGGGUGUCAGCAGCACCACACCAGCCAAGGAGGCCACAUCUGCUGGCCUGGGCUCCAUCGGAGUCAAGUUCAGCCGAGACCGAGAGAGCCGCUCCCCCUUCCUCAAGCCGGAUGAGCGGGCCCCUACUGAGGUGGCCAAAGCAGCUCAGGGCAGCACCAAGCCCAAAAAGACCAAGGUCAAGGCCAAGGCUGGGGCCAAGAAAGCCAAGGGGACCAAGGGAAAGACCAAGCCAUCCAAGACCAGGAAAAAGAUCCGCAGCGGCGGGGGCAGCGGCGGCCCUGUGACGCUGAAGAAGUCCAAGGCGGAUAGCUGCAGCCAGGCGGCGGGAGCCAAAGGGGCCGAGGAGACUUCCUGGUCCGGGGACGAGCGGGCAGUGAAGGCCCCUAGCACCCCGCCCCCCAAGGCGGCCCCUCCACCCCCUGCUCUCACACCCGACUCGCAGACUGUGGAUAGCAGCUGCAAGACACCUGAGGUCUCCUUCCUGCCAGAAGAGGCCGCUGAGGAGGCUGGAGUCCGAGGUGGGGUGGAGGAGGAGGAGGAGGAGGAGGAGGAGGAGGAAGAGGAGGAAGAGGAGGAGGAGCAGCAGCCGGCCACCAGCACGGCCACCAGCACGGCUGCUGCCGCUCCCAGCACCGCCCCUAGUGCGGGGUCCACGGCUGGCGACUCGGGGGCAGAGGAUGGGCCAGCCCCCCGUGUCUCCCAGCUGCCCACGCUGCCCCCACCCAUGCCCUGGAACCUGCCCGCUGGUGUAGACUGCACUACCAGCGGUGUCCUGGCCUUGACUGCACUUCUCUUCAAGAUGGAAGAAGCCAAUCUGGCAAGCCGAGCAAAGGCCCAGGAGCUGAUCCAGGCCACCAACCAGAUCCUCAGCCACAGGAAGCCCCCCUCAAGUCUGGGGGUGACGCCAGCUCCUGUGCCCACCUCUCUGGGUCUGCCCCCUGGCCCCUCCAGCUACCUGCUCCCUGGCAGCCUCCCCCUGGGGGGCUGUGGCUCUACCCCUCCCACCCCCACUGGGCUGGCUGCAGCGUCUGACAAGAGAGAGGGCAGCAGCAGCUCCGAGGGACGUGGUGACACAGACAAGUAUCUGAAGAAGCUGCACACGCAGGAGCGGGCAGUAGAGGAGGUGAAGCUGGCCAUCAAGCCGUAUUACCAGAAGAAGGACAUCACCAAGGAGGAGUACAAGGACAUCCUGAGGAAGGCCGUCCACAAGAUCUGCCACAGCAAAAGUGGGGAGAUCAACCCGGUGAAGGUGAGCAACCUGGUGCGCGCCUACGUCCAACGCUACCGCUACUUCCGCAAGCACGGCCGCAAGCCAGGGGACCCCCCGGGGCCCCCAAGGCAGCCCAAGGAGCCGGGACCCCCUGACAAGGGCGGCCCAGGCCUGCCCCUGCCCCCUCUCUGA